AACCAGCCUGCAGCAGGGAAGCAACUGUUCGAAAUGGCCGCGUUUUGGAGAGCACGGAAUUUUUCCCGUUGUGUUGUCCGCUUUUCUGACCGCGAACUGAACUAAAGUUAAUUUAUUCGGUGACGGAAUAAAUCAACAACGCACAGAUAACCUACUAUGGCAGAAAGUGACAAUAUAUCUGCUGGUAUUAUAGAAGAGGAAAAAGAAGUGGAAGAAGAUUUGGGUGAUUCUGACCUUCAGUUGGAGCUCAGUGUGUUUCGGGCACAGUGGAUGUCCGAACUGAUACCUUCCGCUGAGUCCAGUGCUGCUAAGAGAGAGCUCUUGCAAUCCAGAGAUCUGAAGAGAAAGCAAGAUGUGGCUCGGGAGGAAAAAGCAACAGAGCUGUUCCUAAAGGCAGUUGAAGAAGAGCAGAAUGGAGCUGUCUAUGAAGCUAUCAAGUACUACCGCAGGGCAAUGCAGCUUGUGCCUGACAUUGAAUUUAAAAUCAACUACAGCCGCUCUCCUGAUCCAGACAUCACUGAGGACAAUGAAAGGGAUUGUGAAAUAGCUGAUCUGCUCGCCUACUUCCAACAGCAGCUCACUCUACAGGACAUGUCUCUGAAGAUGUGUGAACCUGAAGUUGAAAUGACACAGCUGCACAUUUCAGCUCUGCCCACGGAGGUGCUGAUGUACAUAUUCCGCUGGGUGGUGUCUAGUGAGCUGGACCUGAGGGCCUUGGAGCAGCUAUCCCUGGUGUGCCGUGGCUUCUACAUCUGUGCCAGAGACCCAGAAAUUUGGCGUUCUGCAUGUCUGAGAGUAUGGGGACGGAGUUGCACUAAAAUGGUGCCAUUCAAGUCCUGGCGGGAAAUGUUUCUGGAGAGGCCCCGUGUGCGCUUUGAUGGUGUAUACAUCAGCAAAACAACAUACAUUCGCCAAGGAGAGGAAUCCCUUGAUGGAUUCUACAGAGCUUGGCAUCAAGUGGAGUACUACAGGUAUUUGCGUUUUUUUCCUGAUGGCCAAGUUAUGAUGCUGACCACACCUGAGGACCCACUCAUUACUGUUCCUCGUUUACGCAGCCGAAACUCCAGGGUGGAAUCUGUUUUGUUUGGUCAUUUCCGUCUGUCCCAAGAUACAGACAAUCAAACCAAAGUUUUUGUUGUUGUUUCCAAGAGAAAAGAAGAGAAGAUUGCAGAGUAUCAGAAAAACAAGUUCUACCGGCGGAAUCCAGGGCCAGAUUCAGAACACAGCUUCCAUGUGGGAUUGCAGUUGUCUUCGGGGGGACGCCAGCGCUUCAACAAGCUGGUGUGGAUCCACCACUCCUGCCACAUCACUUACAGAUCAACUGGAGAGACGGUGGUCACUGCUUUCAAUGUUGACAAAACUUACACACCUCUGUUUUUUGCGCGUGUGAAGAGUUAUACUGCAUUCUCAGAGAGGCCCCUUUAGGUCCACCUCCAGGACACAGAUGCAUCACAAAGAUUAAGAUCAUUCAAAAGUUUACACAUACUUAGGCAUUUGCAGCUCUUUUCAAACUCUGCUCCCUGCAUCUUCUCAUGCUGGAUGAUGAUUUUGAUGAAUGUACACUGGUUAAGGUGUGAAUUUCUUGGGUUUCCUACUUGAGUUGAAAUGUAGAAAUUAUUAUGCAUUCUUGUCAUGUACGCAUUCAUUGUUCUCUGAGGCUUAAAGCUGAGAAAUGAGUUGUCAGUAAUGGACUCUUCACUAUUCUGAGCAAUAUGUAUGUACAAAAAGCUAAUUUCACAGAGAAUGGCUUUAAGUGUUUUUCGUUGUAUUAUAAAAAUCCUGAUGUACAGGA